AUGUUAACACAUCUAAGUGGUUCUAUACCUGAAGAGGUUUGCAACCUUUCCAAGCUCACUGAGCUUGACUUGUCACAGAAUAAUUUCUUUGGAAGUAUUACUUCUAAAAUCGGAAGGUUGAGUUCACUUUCUAUACUUGCCCUUAAUGCAAACAAUCUCACCGGUCCAAUACCUAUUUCCAUUGGAAGCUUGCACAAUUUGUCCCGACUUAUCCUCGUUGACAAUAGGCUCAAUGGUUCCAUACCUAAAGAAGUUGGAAUGAUGAAGUCACUUAAUAUGCUUGAUCUUUCAACCAACCAACUAACUGGUCCUAUCCCAACAUCUAUAGGAAACUUAGUAACAUGGAAACUUGACCAGCUAUCUGCUCUCUACCUUGGUGAAAAUAUGUUCUCUGGUUCAAUCCCUGCUUCAGUUGGAAACAUGACGAAGCUUGUGGAGUUAAGUCUUCUAUAUAAUCAUUUAUCAGGGCCAAUUCCUUCGUUCAGCAAUCUUACUCAUUUGGAAUCAUUCCAAAUAUCGGACAUCCAUUUCAGUGGUCCAUUACCCGAGAAUGUAUGCUACGGUGGACAACUCUAA